UAAUUUAAACAGUACAAACUGAGCAAAAGUACUUCUUUAGUUAAACUCAAAUUACAGGUUAAAUUUUGAAGGAAAAAUCAUUUAAUUCUUUUUUCUUAAUAUGGACACUCUCUUAAUUUUAAUCACCUCAACAUCCAUUCUGUUUUCUGCCCAAUUCAGCUAUUCAGUACCUGUCAGUGAAGAUGUUCGUGACAGAUGGUCCGAUGGUCCAGUAAACCUAACCGACUCUCUUGUGUCCGAAAUAGUGAAUGGAAUUAGGAGCGGGACUCGCCUGUUCUACGUGAGACUUCGGCUGCCACCACCACGUGGCUUCUGCGGCGGAUCCAUCAUCGACCCUCAGUGGGUGCUCACUUCAACUAAGUGUCUUGAUCUAUUUAUUACUGAUGAAAUCGUUGUUGAAAUUGGAGACUUUUCGAUGCCAUUCUCACGAAAAAUAAUGUCGGAAGUUUCUGCAAUUUAUGCCGCACCCGGUUACCGAUCGGGACCAACGCCUGCAAACGACAUGGCACUCGUGAAACUGACCAGGCGAGUUCCCGAGGAGUUCAGAAUACCUAUGUGCCGACAAGAACAAGUACCUCAUUCGGUCAUGCUCGGCACUGUCGGAAUGGGCGCGACAGUAAGUCGCGGAAAGCUCCUCGAGAGCAUUCCGAACUCGCUCCGUGAAAUAUUCCUGCGGGAAUCUCGCGGAAGAUUUCCGACCUCUUGGCGACCGUUUUCGAUCCAGUUUUGUCCCGAUUAUAACAUAUGUACUGAACCGAUAACUGAGGGUAGCAACAUAUGCAUGUUUGAUUAUGGAGGACCACUGUAUAAAUUCGAAUGUGCAAGCACGACCCCUAAUUGUUUGUAUGGGGUGGCGAGUUUUUCGACCAACAGACUGGAUCGGCCGGACGAAAUGUGCAACGGUGGAAGUACAUUCACAAGUGUUCCCCAUUUCUUCGAGUGGAUAUCAGGCACAAUGGCCAGUGGUUGAAGUCCUGUGUUAUUUUUUUAAUCGUACUUGAUAUCAUUUUUGGGAACAAU